AGCGCCAGGGGGCGGAGUGGGGGAGGGGGGCGAGUCCCUCGGAGAGCCGGGUUGGGCUCGCGGCGCUGUGAUUGGUCUGCCCGGACUCCGCCUUCAGCUCAUGUCAUUAGCAUAUCAUUAGCUGUCCGCUUGGGCACCGGAGGCAGCCAACGCCGCCAGUCUGAGGCAGGUGCCCGACAUGGCGAGUGCUGUGCUGCCGAGCGGAUCCCAGUGUGCGGCGGCAGCGGCGGUGGCGGCGCCUCGCGGGCUCCGGUUCCGGCUUCUGCUGUUGCUCUUCGCCGCGGCACUGAUCCCAACAGAUGUGCCUUUCACCUUCUGCCAUGAUUUUGAGGCCUCCCCAGCCACGUGGAACUGUGAUGGACAGAAUCUGUUUACGAAAGACGUGACAGUGAUCGAGGGAGAGGUUGCGACCAUCAGCUGCCAAGUCAAUAAGAGUGACGACUCUGUGAUUCAGCUACUGAAUCCCAACAGGCAGACCAUUUAUUUCAGGGACUUCAGGCCUUUGAAGGACAGCAGGUUUCAGUUGCUGAAUUUUUCUAGCAGUGAACUCAAAGUAUCAUUGACAAAUGUCUCAAUUUCUGAUGAAGGAAGAUACUUUUGCCAGCUCUACACUGACCCCCCACAGGAAAGUUACACGACCAUCACAGUCCUGGUCCCACCACGUAAUCUGAUGAUCGAUAUCCAGAAAGACACUGCGGUGGAAGGUGAGGAGAUUGAAGUCAACUGCACUGCUAUGGCCAGCAAACCAGCCACGACUAUCAGGUGGUUCAAAGGGAACACGGAGCUAAAAGGGAAAUCGGAGGUGGAAGAGUGGUCAGACAUGUACACUGUGACCAGUCAGCUGAUGCUGAAGGUGCACAAGGAGGACGAUGGGGUCCCAGUGAUCUGCCAGGUGGAGCACCCUGCGGUCACUGGAAAUCUGCAGACCCAGCGGUAUCUAGAAGUACAGUAUAAGCCUCAAGUGCAUAUUCAGAUGACUUAUCCUCUGCAAGGCCUAACCCGGGAAGGGGACGCGCUUGAGUUAACAUGUGAAGCCAUCGGGAAGCCCCAGCCUGUGAUGGUAACUUGGGUGAGAGUCGAUGAUGAGAUGCCUCAGCAUGCCGUACUGUCUGGGCCCAACCUGUUCAUCAAUAACCUAAACAAAACAGAUAAUGGUACAUACCGCUGUGAAGCUUCAAACAUAGUGGGGAAAGCUCACUCGGAUUAUAUGCUGUAUGUAUACGAUCCCCCCACAACUAUCCCUCCUCCCACAACAACCACCACCACCACCACCACCACCACCACCACCACCACCAUCCUUACCAUCAUCGCAGACACAACGGCGACGACAGAACCAGCAGUUCACGGCCUUACUCAGUUGCCCAAUUCCGCAGAAGAACUGGACAGUGAGGACCUCUCAGACUGGAAGCUCCAGGAGGCCAUGCUGGUCUUGAUCACUGCUGUACACCUGUCAUGUACUAAGCACCCAACUGACACUUACUGUAUGAAUGAAUGAAUUUCCAAAUCCCAAUGCAUUUAGAUAAAUAAAUAGAAAUAGUGGGCCCAUCAAGAGAGUUUCUUUUUUGUCUCUUCUUUGUGGCAUAGAGAAGUUCCAAAAACAUUUGCCUAGUUUUCUUUUAAAAUAAGGGUGCAAAAGUCCUUCUCCCUGCUUAAAACGGGACACUGGAAGUAAGCAAUUUCUGCUUGUAUUUCUGGUGUUAGACAGUCUCAGUUCUGACCAUAAAGAAAACAACUCUCUUUGACACAGUAGCCCUGGCAGUUGGAUUUUCUCAAAGAUUCAAAGAAAGCUGGUGGGUGUGUUGGCCCUGAUUCCUCUUGGCACAGUAGCCAGACAAGGAUCACUCAGAUAUGCAAAAGUCAUUUCUCUCCUCUUUAGGAAAAUGUGACUGAAUCAGCCAUCCACCCCUUCCACCAGCGUCAUCAGUUAGGAAUACUCUGGGCCUCAGCACUGCGCCGUGUCAGAUGGGUCCCUGCCGCAGUCCUAUCAAUCACCCGAGUCAGAAGCAAUAAACCAACAACUGUUUGUGUUCAUAAUAAUUCAGUUCAAUUAAUAAUUAUGUUGUCCCCCUCCCCCAUUCCCUUCAGGAACACUGCAGUCAUAUAUUGCUCAGGAGCCAUAAGUCAUGUAGAACACUGAUGAACUAUCAGGCCGAGCUGGGCUGCCUUUGCAUCUGGUUUGAUGAACUAAUCAAAAACUGAUUAGCACCUUUGUUCAGAGGGGAUGCUGAUUAAUCAAUUACUAUUGAUUGUGAGCGUGGCUUCCCUCAGCAGCAAAGAGACAUCUGAAGGGAGAAAAAACAACCAAUAAAAACUGAGCAGCUGUCAUAGCGUUUAAAUUUAUUAAAACAAAAUACAUUAUUUUUAUGAAGCUGUCUUGAAAUGGGUCACUGAAGGGGAGCAUAUUGAUUGAGAAAGGAUGAACUUCUCAAAUUUCUGUAGCCUAGAGACUGAAUUCAAUUAUAAUACAAGACAAACAGGUUAACACCCGUCUUAAACAGUCCAUCAAUAAAUUAGAGUAGGUGUUGCGCAUUUAAUGCUAAACUGUGGUAAUGAAUAAUAUCAUCCAUUCCCUGCUGCAUCAGAGUAGAAAUUUCAUCCUUUCCAUGUUAUGGAUGAACUUUAUGUACUCAAUUUCCUUCCAAAUAAUGAUGGUCUAUCCUCUACCUGCCCCCUUUGUCCCCACCUCUCCCACACACCAGUGCUACCUUAGUUAAUGACAAUUUCAUAAGCAACAUAUGGUGCUCCAUUCCCACCCAGCAAAGCAAGUUGCCCGGCUGAUCCUCCUCUUUAAUCUGCAUAAAGAAAUUAUGCUCAUGUGUAGUUCAGUGAUUUAAUUAUUGGCAGGCCUGGGGAGCUUAUCCAGUUCUACUUUGAACCCUUUCAUUUACUUUUGGGUGUUAACUUUAUUGAUGAUGGAUCCAUAAGAGUUUCGAAUUGUUUUAUCAAUUACAUCUGCUGUUUCCUGGUGACAGCUGGUGGUUAUUGCCACCCAUGUGGAAUAGAAUAGCUUUAAGCAUAUUUAUCCUUCUAUUUUAUUUUUAAACUUUUUCAAAAUGUCUCCAACUGCCUCUCUCCCUUCAGCAGAAGAAGGGCCUUGGGGAACUGUUUAGUGGAGUGAGGUGGUAAAUAUACAGUGUGCCAGAAAAUGGCCCUCCAGCACAGUUCAAGAAAUCCAUCAGUCUUCUGCUUUGGAAGCAAAGGCACCGACAAGAAAUUCCAGAGCUGUCAUGAUUCCUCAAAACAUGCUUUUAGCUUUUUCCCUACAAACAAGAAAGUGAUCUGGAAAACUCCUACAACAUCUCCCUCAUAAUCCAUUUUAAAAAAAAGCAUGGGUGGUGAGCAAAUUCUAAAUGGCUCUGCUAACCCUCACCUAGGUGAUAGGAGGAAUCUAGGUGAACCAACUGUAGUCAACCUAAAUGGAUUAUACAAGAGACAUGGUUUCAAAAUAUAGCCUACAUUUAUCUGGGCACAGUGGCUCACACCUGUAAUUCCAGCACUUUGGGGGGCUGAGGUAGGUGGAUCACCUGAGGUCAGGAGUUCGAGACCAGCCUGGCCAACAUGGCGAAACCCCGUCUCUACUAAAAACACAAAAAUUAGCCCGGCGUGGUGGCGCAUGCUUGUAGUCCCAGCUACUGGUGGUGGUGGUUGGGGAGAGUGUUGACUCAAGAGAAUUGCUUGAACUCCAAGGUGGAGGUUGCAGUGAGCCAAGAUGGCGCCACUGCACUCCAGCCUGGGCAACGGAAAAAGACAACGUCUCAAAAAAAAGCCUAUAUGUAGUUAAUAGGAGCACUUAAAGGUCUUUUGAUGUAGAUUUUCAGUCCUGGAGUUGUGGGAUAUAUGGCCUUCAGGUUACUGGGAGUGUCUUAAAGUCCUGGCUAAACUUGUUUGAAAUGUGUAUGAGAAACUUUCAGUAGCUGUACCAUUUAAGGGGAACUCUUUCGUAACUGACCCCCACAUAAAGUGUGGUCCAGAUUUGACAAGCAGACUAUUUUAUUUACUUGGUAGAGUAGUAACAAUAAUGGUAUUAAAACACCAAAAACCAGAUGGGCUGUAUAGAUAUAUUUACGUUACGGCCCAUAAAUCUAAAGUGUGGCAUGGUUUGACUUGUAUCUGCAUCAUACUUUGUAACUUAGAAAGCUCUUUUGCACAUACUACUUCAUUUGAUCUUUAUUCAUUCAACAAAAUUACUUGAGCCCUUGUGCUGGGCUCUGGGCUGGGCACCAGGGAUGCAGCAGUGAACAAGACCAACAGGAGCUGCCGUGGCCUUCAGGAGCCAGGGCCCCUGCUCUCCUACAGCGACACACUGGUGAGGGAGACACACUCAAAACACAAGUUAAUCUUGGACAGUGAGAAAUGCUGUGAAAUAAUAAAACUGGAUAAAGUGAAAGUGAGGGGCUGGGGCUGGGAGAAGCUGGCUGGUGUAGAAAAGCUCACCGGGGAAGGCUGUUGGGACAGGAAGACCCAGAUAGAUGAGAAUGAGCCAGCUAUAGAAGAUUUUCAUGAAAAUCUCAAGAUUGUUAAGGAAGGGCUGUUGGUCUCCAUUUAUAACUAAGGAAACUGGCCAGAUGCCGUGGUUCACACCUGUAAUCCCAGCAGUUUGGGAGGCCGAGGCAGGUGGAUCGCCUGAGGUCAGGAGUUCGAGACCAGCCUGACCAACAUGGAGAAACCCCAUCUCUAAUUAAAAAAAUAUAUAUAUACAAAAUCAGCCAGGUGUGGUGGUACAUGCCUGUAAUCCCAGCUACUCAGGAGGCUGAGGCAGAAUUGCUUGAACCCAGGAGGUGGAGGUUGUGGUGAGUCAAGAUUACACCAUUUGCACACCAGCCUGGGCAAUAAGAGUGAGACUCUAUCUCAAAAAAAAAAAAAAAAAAAAAAAUGAGGAAAUUGGGCCCAAAAGGUUAAAUGGUUUACUUAGGAGACAGUGAGAAGUGAAGCAUGGGUCUUCCUGGCUCUAGAGGAAAUAGAGAACUUUGAUUUGCAGGGGCCACCAUUCCCCCUAUGAAAUCCACAGCUUCCUGUGUGCUGGGGUCUUUGGUAAUCCUCUUGACCCUUUUCAAUUCAGUGUGCACAGUUCAGGGAAUGAGGGCAAAGUCAGGCUAUCUGCAGCCCAUCAGGCAUAGAGCAAUGUGAUGACUGACCUGGGAAGAAUUUUUUCUCAGCGUCAAAUCAAGCUCUUUCUCCUCAAAGAAGACCUAACGUCUGCUCUGGUACUUCAGUGCUAUCGUCCCACUGAUUACCCCAAUUAUGGGAUCAGUUUCCCCCUGAGUUGACCCUGCAUGCCAUGGGAAAGUGAUGGCUGGAAAAGGUUAAACCACGUAAAUUCCCUUUUAAAAUUCUGUUUCCUACAAGGCAGUAGACUGAAGAAAUCACAUUGUGUCCACACCAGCUCACUUGCGACUUCCCCACAAUGUGUUUGAACUGCCUCCUGCUGCUGAUCUUUCUCAUAAUCCAACGUGCUCCUGUUUCCACUAUGGGAAGGGAGGAGACAAUCAAACAGGAACUUUUCUUCCAAAUUAAAAAGUUGGCAGGCCACAGUGCAAAGUGUGAAUUCUAGUUCUACAGGUUGGACAGUGCUUUGGGGUGACUUCACCAUAUUCAUUAAUCCAUCUUCCUCACGCCCCCAAAUGCCUGAGGUCCACUGAAGCAUCUUUCUCCAGAAAGAGAUUCUAGUGGGAAAUGUAUGUUUGGAAAUACUUGACAACUGUCCUCUUUAUUAGGUGUGUAUUCCUUUAAGGAAAACUCUGGUGUCAUCUUCAGUGCCUUCCUGUUGCUUAAAGUGGAAAAGACGAUCACAUUUCUAAAUCUGUACUUUCAUGAGAUGAGCAGAGUGGACUCAAGCACAACUGUUAGUGUCUCUGGCGAUGCUAAAUUCCUUGGGAGGAUUUGCAUCCUGUUGGAUCAAGUUAUUUCCACUCAUGGUUAAAUUACCUAAAUCAGGGAAUUUGAGAGGGGAAAAAUCAACAAGAAAAAAAAAAAAAAAAACACUGUUUUCAUACUUAGCUGGCAAUAGUAUUUAAUAUCCUGAUACUCAAAUGGUACACCUGAAUCACGACUCGAGUCAGACGGCCUUCAGCUGCCAGCCCCACAGCCUUGACCUUCACAGAGGACAGCUAAGCCGUUAGUUACACUGUUUGUCAAUUCUGUACAAAUGAAAGAACUCGGUGACUUCAAAUCAGUAAAUGUUUAUUGGGCAUCUUACCAUGUGUGAACAAUGCUAAGUAUGCAGUACCACAUUUACCCCUAACGAACUGGUAAUUAUUUGCCUUGGGUCAGUGAUAAGAACUGGAAAAACCCUUCUUAGAUUGUAAUACAGGAGAUUUAAAUUUGGCAAACACCGAGUCCCUAUGAUAUGCCAAGCCCUGAUAGGCACUUACCAUUUUCAGGCAAACAGUGACCUCUCAGAAUGACCCUGUGAAGUCCAUAAUUGUAUUCAAUGGCUCAGAGUGCCUAAUUGACUUGCCUGAAGUCACAGAGAAAACUAACGAAGCUCAAGUUUUAUCCCAGAAAUGACAGCAAGUCCAGUGCUCUUUCCAGGGGGCCAUGCAGGAGAGCUCCUAGCUCAUCUCCUGUUCAUGCCUGUUUCUGGAAAGCAGUGUAGCCAGUGAUAGUCUAAGAGAGCGCUCAGUCCUGAUCAUUAAGUAGUAACAAGGUACAGCCAAAAUCUGUGUGCAGGACUUUCUAAUUUAAAUGAACACAUACUGAGCUCCGGGUGGCACAAUGAGGAUGAUCACUGCAGUUUUCCUUUAAGUAGCUUAACAUAGCUCCUUUGAAACGUUAGCAUAGAUGCAGUUACAUUGCUAGAAUUGAAUGCAGCUGACGUGUAGUAUUAGAUGCCUGGGAUGCUAUAUGGGAGUCUUCAUGGUUUUUCUGCUUUACGUUUAUUCAUUCUUGUCCACUUUCUAAGAAGACAGAAAAGAAAGGUUAUGCUGCAUAAAGGGUAGUGUGCUCCAAUAUAUAUUAACAUCUUAAUGGGAAAGCGGUGCAUGUACUGUAUACAUUUACUACUCUCUGACAAGAGGGAAUUAAAUGUCAGAAGGAUUUGUAGCAUCUAUAAUUGAAUUGGUGCUGAGAAAAGCAAAUCUUAAAGAAGAAUAACAUAUUAGGAUUAGCAAAUAAUGUGGCAUUUUGUCAGCGCAUGCCAUUCAGUUUGUUCCCCUUCAGUAAUAAAGUUGUGCUUUUUAAAAUGCACACUUAUUUUUGUUGCCAUGGAUGGGAGCUACCACAGAUGAGAAUGGGUAGCUACAUUUUCAGACGGUGCCAGGUUUUCUUGAGUGUGAUUUUUUUUUUUAGGUCAAAUCAUGGCUUUGCUUCAGAUUUGGGAAAUC